UAAUAUAUUCCAAGUAUCUUUUGACACCAAAUUAAAAGCCUUGGAAUAUAUCCAAAUCAAGAACAAGAAGAUGGGUAUCCAUGAUGUUAAAAGGAAAACAGGAUUUCACCUUAAAGAGAAGGUUUUGAAUGCACGUUUGUCUUUCAUGGGAGUUACCUUGGCGCAAUAUUUAACUGAACGAUCGACACGUGGAGAUCAUCAUUGGUUACCCGACCCAUGCGCGAUGGAUCUGAUAUCACGGGCAGCAUAUGAAGUUGAUGAUUAUUGGAGGGUUGUAAAGAUCCUUCACAAAAGGUUAUCAAAAUUUAGUGAAAAGAAAUGGAGAGGCUCUUACAAGGCUUUGAUUUUGUUAGACCAUCUUCUUCUCCAUGGACCAUUAAGAGCUGCCGAAGAGUUUGAAGAUGAUGUUCAUAUCAUAAUAGAAAUGAAGAGCUUUCAAUAUGUUGACCACAAAGGAUUUGAUUGGGGUUUAUCUAUAAGAAAGAAGAGUGGGCACGUAUUAAAGUUGAUUGAGGACGGGUCCUUCCUGAAAAAUGAAAGAGACAUAGCCCGAAAAGUCAAGAUUGAUCGGAUCAAAGGUGCAAAGAGUUUCAUCUUUUGGCCUUCUACUACAAAUAAAAGUUGGAAAAUAUUUGAAGAGGAAGGUUAUAAUAGUAGGUCGUGUAUUUACCACCCUGUUCCUAGCAAGUGUCAAUAUCAUGAAGAUGUUCUUGAAUUAGAUUUGGUCGAUGAGGAGAAGACAAGAAUCGUGGUUGAUCGAUUUGAAGGGCGAUAUAACGAUCAAAACUCCUCGGUUGGAGUUCAGGAUGAGUUGUGGCUGAAUAGUAUUGAGGAAGAAAUUUACCAUGGUGGAGAAAGUCCAAGCAAUUGGAUAAGUUUUGAAAAAGAAUUACUUUUUCCAGGCAUGAAUUAUGAGGUAUUUGGAAAAAUGAGCAAGGAAUGAGACCCGUAAUGGUUUCUUCUAUGGAAAAAUAAGCCUUGGGGAACAACAUGAGAAUGAAUGACCUAAUACUUAAGUCAAUCCACUUGGUUUAUAAGUGUUUAGAAAGAAAUUUCAUCAAACAUGAGCCAAAUUAGCUUGUUUUUAACAUGUUUAUGAAUGUUUCAAGUUCUACCUACUUUCCAUUUUGACGAGUUAUUGAGUUUUUCUAAAUUUUAUUUGGUGGCCAAUUCGGCCAUUGUCUUUAUGAUUUGUUGAUAUCCUAUGUACAUUGUUAUGACAUAUAUUCAGAUGUAGUCUGUUAAACCUUUGAGGGGGUAGAAACUAUUUAAUUUGGAGAAUGUUUGAUUGCAUGAUUAUACAAAUGACAAGUUUUUUCAA